AUGGUCCGAAGCGGGCCAUUGCCCAACCUCGCAGGCUGCUCGGCUGCUCGCUCUCUAGCGACAUCGUCGCGCUUGUGUGACGCAGCCAAGCCUGCCGCUCCGUUGACUCCGUACGAGAAGGACAACGAGCGCGUGCUGGCAGCCGUCACAACGCUGGCCCAGCGGUUCAACACGGCAAGCAAGGCGAUAGCAGAGGCUAGCGCAGAUGAUAGUGUUCAGGCUCAAGUCGAGCGAGCGAAGCUGGUCAAAGAUCUUACGCCUCUGGUCGAGGCGUAUAACCAGUACUCUGAUAUCCGGAAAGCCGUGGUCGACCUUGAACCACAUCUUUCCGACCCCGAUCCCGAUCUGCGGGAGCUCUUCACCCUAGAGCGCGAGGAGCUUCUCGAGAAGCUGGACGCAUUGAUAUCGACGAUGCCCGAGCUCCUGUUACCGCCAUCAUCGACAGGCCCGCUGGCUACCGUCGUGUCGCUUAACGCCGGAGUGGGAGGAUCCGAGGCGUCGCUCUUUACGGAGGAGCUCGCCAGGAUGUACCUUCGAUUUGCAGAGAAGCGAGGCUGGAAGACCGAGAUCAUCAGCAAGACGGACGGGCAGGCGGCCAGAGGCGGUGCGGGCUUGCGCGACAUCACUGUCAAGUUUGAGCCGGCGCCGUACGCUGCCGAGGGAGACGAAGUCUACGGCUUGCUACGAUGGGAGAAGGGUGUCCAUCGUGUUCAGCGAGUGCCAGUGACGGAAGCCGGGGGGCGCGUGCACACCAGCGCAGUUGCUGUCGUGGUUCUGCCCAUCUACCCCGACACUGGCGACACUCCCUUGGUCGACCCAAAAGACGUCAAGCUCGAAACCAUGCGUUCGCGAGGGGCUGGUGGCCAGCAUGUCAACAAGACCGAGUCGGCGAUUCGGCUUACCCACAUCCCGACCGGCAUCACUGUGUCAAUGCAAGACUCGCGGAGUCAGCACCAGAAUCGCGCCUGGGCCUGGGAUGUCCUGAGGGCCAGGCUUAGCGAGCGCAGACACAACGAGGAGGUUGAAGCGCGACGUGCAGCCCGCCAGGGCCAGGUCAAGAGCGCAGACCGGAGCGACAAGGUUCGCACCUACAACUUUCCCCAGGACCGCCUCACCGAUCACCGCAUCGGCUUUAAUCUAACUGGCCUCAGAGAGGUCCUAGAUGGCGAUGGGCUUGACAUGGUCAUCAACGCCCUCCGCAACGACCUAGACAGCCGGCGACUAGAAGCUAUCCUCAAGGGCGAAGAGGACUUUGACGAGUAG